AUGGCAGGACGUGGAGAUGGUGCCGCUGUUUCGGUGGAGGAAUUUCAGGAGUUGCGUACACAAAUGAAUGAUUUGGUGCACCAGCUCCAAACUCUCCAAUUGAACAUACCACGUCGAGAACCGCCACCAAAUGAGGAUGAUGAUAUUGACGAGGAGGAUGAGCCACCGCGUCGUCCCGCUGGUCGUGGACGUGGCGGGCGUGGUCAUGGUCUUCUUAAUUUUGGUCGUGCUCGGCACAUUCCUGUUCGAGGUGGACGAGAUUAUGAUGGUGAUGAUGAUAUGUUGUCUGACAUGGAUGAUCAUCGCCAUGGUGGCCAUCGUGGUUAUCGUGACCGCCACCGUCGCCUUGAUGAUGAUGGUUUAAGCAAAGUGAAAGUGUCUAUUCCAAAAUUUAAUGGAAAAGAAAGUGCUGAUGAUUAUUUUGAGUGGGAGACUAAGGUUGAACAGAUCUUUGAUUUGUAUCCUUAUCCUCCUGUCAAGAAAGCAAAGCUUGCUGCAAUUGAGUUUUCAGGCUAUGCAAUCACUUGGUGGAAUCAAGUGUGUACUGAACUCCGACGCGCUGGACAUGAUCGUAUUACUUGGGAAGACAUGAAGAGGGAAAUGCGACGUCGUUUUGUUCCUGCAUAUUACUCUCGUGAUCUACAUUUGAAGCUAAAACGUCUUGUGCAAGGUACUCGUACUGUUGAUGAAUAUUUUCAAGAAUUGGAAAUGUGUUUACUUCGUACAGGGAUAACUGAAGAUGAGGAAUCCACAAUGGCUCGAUUUCUGGUUGGCCUCAAUAAACCCAUUGCUGAUAAAGUGGAUAUGACAAACUACACAUGUCUCACUGAGUUGGUACAUUUUGCAAAAAGGGCAGAACAACAACUUGCUGGAUCUUAUAAAGAUCGUGCUUCAUUUUCAGCUCAUAAUAGUGCUACUUCAUGGCGCCAGUCACAGCAGCACGGGUCAGGGGUGCACACACCUACAUCUCGUGCAACUUCUUCCAAACAUUUUGAUUCCAAAGGCAAAGCUGUAAGCUCUACUCAGUCCAGCUCCUCUGCUACUGCAGCCCCAAGGCAUACAAGCAAGAUUGAGUGUUUUAAGUGUGGUGGUCAUGGGCAUAAGCAAGCUGAAUGUCCCAAUCUUCGUACGAUUAUUGCCCUUGCUGAUGGUUCAUAUGAUUCACAAAGUGAAGAGGAGGACGAGUUUCACAAUGUCUUUGCAGAUCAUACUCUUGACACUUGUGAGUAUUCAGCUGAGGAUGGUACUUUUGAGCUAGGUCUGAAUUGUUUAGCUAUUCAACCUAUUCUAACUUUUGCUCCCAGUGACAUGAUAGAAGAUGUUAUUUCUCCAUAUUCUAAUGAGAUUACUAGUGCUGAUUUUGAUGAGUUGCUUGCUGAUUUUCCUGAUUUGGAGCCUUCUAAAAUGAAUAGAUCAUCUCCUUAUUUGGUGGUUAGAAGAGUUCUUUCCACUCAGUUUGUUGCUGCUGAACAAGGACAACGUCAUAAUUUGUUUCAGUCCCGAUGCAAAGUGAAAGGUCAAGUGUGUCGUUUCAUCAUAGAUGGUGGGAGCUGCAAUAAUAUUGUUAGUGCCUUGCUUGUUGAGAAGCUUGGCCUACCAACACGCCGCCAUCCACACCCUUACCAUAUGCAGUGGCUGAAUAAUUCAGGGACAGUGAAGGUCUCAUCCAUGGUUCGUUUGUCUUUCUCCAUUGGUGACUAUCAUGGUGAGGUUGAUUGUGAUAUUGUACCCAUGCAAGCAUGCCAUUUGCUGUUGGGUCGUCCAUGGCAGUUUGAUGUGGAUUCGGUGCACUUUGGGCGGUCUAACAAGUAUACUUUCAUCCACAACGACAAGAAGGUGGUUCUUGUUCCAUUAUCUCCAGAAGAGAUCUAUGCUUCAGAUGUGCCUCUUUCCACUACAAAACAACACCACCAAAAUGAGUGCUUAUUUGUGAGCAGGAGUGAUUUGAGAGAAGUGAGGAACACCACAGCCCCAUUCUUUGUGCUCUUACACAAGGAGGUCCUACUUUCAACUAACGAUUUACCUUCAUCGCUGCCUAGUGCUGUUCUUGAUCUCUUACAGGACUUUGAAGAUGUUUUUCCUGAUGAGGUACCAGCUGGCCUUCCUCCACUCCGUGGUAUUGAGCAUCAAAUCGAUUUGGUACCUGGAGCUUCUCUUCCCAAUCGUCCAGCCUACCGUGCUAAUCCUGAAGAAACCAAAGAAAUUCAGCGACAGAAAGAUGGAUCUUGGCGCAUGUGUGUCGAUUGUCGUGCCAUUAAUGCUAUAACUGUACGAUAUCGCCAUCCCAUUCCUAGGCUUGAUGACAUGUUAGAUGAAUUGAGCGGCUCAACUAUUUUCACCAAGAUUGAUUUACGCAGUGGCUAUCACCAAAUUCGCAUGAAAAUUGGUGAUGAAUGGAAGACAGCAUUUACAACCAAAUUUGGCUUGUAUGAAUGGCUUGUGAUGCCCUUUGGCUUGACAAAUGCUCCUUCAACUUUUAUGCGCUUAAUGAAUCAUGUUUUACGAGCUUUCAUUGGCAAGUUUGUAGUUGUUUAUUUUGAUGAUAUUCUGAUCUAUAGCAAAUCAUUUGAUGAACAUCUUGAUCAUAUCCAUCAAGUACUUGCUGUUUUGAGGGAAGAGAAAUUGUAUGCCAACAUUGCUAAGUGCACAUUUUGCACAGAUCGUGUUGUUUUUCUUGGUUUUGUUGUGACUGCAGAUGGCAUCCAGGUUGAUGAAGAGAAGGUUAAGGCAAUAAAGGAUUGGCCUACUCCUACAAAUGUGAGCCAAAUUCGAAGUUUCAAUGGUCUUGCAGGUUUCUAUCGACGAUUUGUUAAAGAUUUCAGCACGAUCGCUGCACCACUUAACAACUUGACAAAGAAGGAUGUUCCAUUCAAAUGGGGAGAUGACCAAGAGCAAGCCUUUGUAGAGUUAAAAAGAAAGCUUUGUGAAGCACCACUGCUGCAGCUACCUAACUUCGGUAAGACUUUUGAGAUUGAAUGUGAUGCAAGUGGUAUUGGCAUUGGAGGUGUGCUACUUCAAGAAGGUAAACCUAUUGCCUACUUUUCUGAAAAGUUAAAUGGUCCACAUCUGAAUUAUUCUGUCUAUGAUAAAGAGCUUUAUGCCUUAGUUCGAGUUUUGGAAGUUUGGCAACAUUAUUUGUUACCUAAAGAAUUUGUCAUCCAUUCUGAUCAUGAAGCUUUGAAAUAUUUAAAAAGUCAAGGCAAACUGAAUCGUAGACAUGCUAAAUGGAUCGAGUUCAUAGAAACAUUUCCGUAUGUUGUUAAACAUAAGCGUGGUAAAGAUAACAUUGUUGCAGAUGCUUUGUCAAGAAGGUGUGGUUUGGUUACACAAUUAGAUACAAAAUUGCUUGGUUUGGAAUCCAUUAAAACACUCUAUGCAACUGAUUCUGAUUUUAAAGAACCUUUCUCUCAUUGCAUUGCUGGAAAAGGCUGGGACAAGUAUUAUGUACAUGAUGAUUUUUUAUUUCGAACUAACAAACUAUGCAUUCCAGCCUGCUCGAUUCGUCAAGUUCUUUUACAGGAAGCACAUGCUGGUGGCUUAGCUGGUCAUUUUGGCAUCAAAAAGACAUUGGACAUGCUCUCUGAUCAUUUCUUUUGGCCACAUAUGCGACGUGAUGUUCAACGACAUGUCGAGCGCUGCAUAAUCUGCUUGAAAGCUAAGUCCCGCCUUAAUCCCCAUGAUCUCUAUACUCCAUUACCAAUCCCAACUGUACCUUGGGAAGAUAUAUCCAUGGAUUUUAUUCUGGGAUUACCAAGGUCUCAGAGGGGGAGGGACUCUAUCUUCGUAAUUUUUUGUCCAUUUGAAAUUGUUUAUGGUUUUAAGCCACAUACUCCCAUGGAUCUUUUGCCUUUACCAUUACAGGAACAAGUUAACUUGGAUGCAGCGAAGAGAUCCAACUUUAUCAAGAAGCUACAUGAUGGGACAAGAAGAAAUAUUGAGAAGAAAUCAGCACAAUAUGCAAAGCAAGCGAACAAAGGUAAGAAGAAGGUUACAUUUCAGCCCGGUGACCUCGUGUGGUUGCAUCUACGCAAGGAUCGAUUUCCCCAACAACGUAAGAGUAAGUUAUCACCUAGAGGUGAUGGUCCAUUCAAGGUUCUAAAAAAGAUAAAUGAUAAUGCAUACAAAAUUGAGCUGCCACCUGAAUAUUCCAAUGUUAGUCCAACAUUCAAUGUCAAAGACUUGCUUCCAUUUGUUGGUGAGCCUGAGUCGAGGACGACUCCUUCUCAAGAGGGGGAGGCUGAUGAGGACAUCCCUAGCAUUCAUUCAUCUUCAAAUGAAACUCCACUUGAUAUAAGUGGUCCAAUUACAAGAAGUAGAGCUAAACA